AGGAGCCUGUCAGUCUCCGGCGCAGGGCGCGACACCGGCGACCAUGUCGGACAACUCCACUGAUUUCAGCAACAAGACGCAGCCGGUGGUUGCGGUCACCGACCACAAUUUUCCUGCGCUCAUUUUUGGGAUUUUGCUGAUCAUAUCCAUCACUGGAGGAAAUGUGCUUGUGUGCCUUAGUGUUUAUUUGGAAAAGGCUUUAAAAACGACAACAAACUACUUCAUAGUCAGUUUGGCAUUCGCCGACCUGCUGCUGGCGGUGCUGGUUUUGCCACUGUUUGUUUACGCAGAGUUCCAGGGAGGAGUUUGGUCCUUGAACAUGCUGAUGUGUGAUGGCUUGAUGACCAUGGAUGUGAUGCUGUGCACUGCAUCCAUAUUCAACCUCUGUGCCAUCAGCGUUGACAGAUUCAUUGCUGUUUCCAUACCGCUGAAUUACAAUCGCAAACAUGUGGACCAUCGUCAGCUGAUCCUACUGUCGGCCACCUGGCUGCUGGCCCUGGCUGUGGCCUCCCCCGUCAUGUUUGGCAUCAACGACGUGCCUGACCGGGACCCCAGUGAGUGCAAGUUAGAGGACAACAAUUAUGUGGUUUAUUCCUCUGUCUGCUCCUUCUUCAUCCCUUGCCCCAUAAUGCUCCUGCUGUACUAUGGUGUUUUCCGCGGCCUCCAGCGCUGGGAGGAGGCACGCAAGGCCAAGCUCCGGAGCAGCAUCGAGGCCUGCAGGAAGCUGCAGCACGCAGCAGCAGCCACCGCCUUCCCCCCUCUAGUGGGCACCAUCCCCGGCCCUCUCCCCAUGCCUUUACCCAGAAUCAUAGAGAGAGACUUGGCCCAAUCACGGCUGGAGGAUAUAGAUGAUUUAAUGCAGCCGGAGACCCCCUACCCCCGGCAGUACAGAGAGAACUCUGUCCCUAUGUUGACCCUCGGCCAGCAGCAGCAGAGGAGGAAGAGGGCAAAGAUCAACGGCAGGGAGAGGAAAGCCAUGAGGGUCCUGCCUGUGGUGGUGGGUUGCUUCUUGUUCUGCUGGACUCCGUUCUUUGUGGUUCACACAACCCGAGCCCUGUGUGUAACAUGUGCCAUCCCGCCCAGCCUGAUGAGCACCGUCACCUGGCUAGGCUAUGUCAACAGCGCCCUCAACCCCAUCAUUUACACCAUCUUCAACACCGAGUUCAAGAAGUUCUUCAAGAAAUUCCUCCGUAGCUGCUGCUGGCAUACGCUUUCCUUCAAUAGACAAUGACCCAGUGAACUGAUGGAAGGAUAUAUCUGGAACAUCUAGUCUAUGAAAACACCAACAUUGUGGCAUACCGAUGCUGAUAAACUGACACAGGAUGCAUUCCUAGUCUAACUAACUAUGUUAAUUGCCAGCUCUGUGCAAACAUCUGGACGUGGGCACUUUAACCAGACAGAGAAGGAUCAUCAAUAUUAUCUGCCUCAAAGGAAGAAUCCAUCCUGAAAUACUUUUUUUUAACAUUGCUAAAAAAAAA